ACAACAACAACAACAACAACAACAACAACAACAACAACAACAACAACAACAACAACAACAACAACAACAACAACAACAACAACGAUCAACAAGAUGAACGGAUCAAAUCCCAAGAACAACAGCGAGCCGAACCGGUCCGCCUUUCCUUUUACCUCUAACUCAUCAUUUUCUCACUUUCGUGAGGCGAUAGGGGCAACAUCACUGACAUUGUGACUCUAAAAAACAGGUUCGAGCUUUUCCUUCUCCAGGAUGGAGAGAAGAAGAUUGAGGAGAAGGUGUUCACUGGCAUGUCGAACACCUCGGACUUCAAGAUUCUCAAGGAGGAUCACACCCUCGGCAACCUCCUUGCCGAACACCUGAAGCAGGCCCCUCACGUCUUGAUGGCCGGUUACAAGAUCGCCCAUCCUAACGUGCCGGAGCUCAUGAUCCGUAUCCAGACAGACGGAAGCAUCACCCCGCGCGAGGCCCUCGUCGGCGCCUGCAAGCAGCUGGUGGCCAUGUACGGCCAGCUGGGCCGCGAGUUCCAGAAGGAGCUUGCCCUGCGCCAGUACGCUGACCAGGGCGAGCAGGGAGGCGGUAACGGCGGUGGUGCUAAUGGUGGCCAUUACUAAGGAUCUUUCUUAUGUGUUCAGUCGAACCUACCUGCCUGACCUGGGAAGGGGGUACAUGGUUAGCUUAUCACAUUUGCUGUUGUUGAUCGGUCAUUUAAACCGGCGUUUAGGGAUUUUCUUUGAGGACUAUGCUUUUAGUCUCUUGCAGGCGUUACGAUAAAACAUGGUAUAUGGGGGAAAAAAAAAGGGGGGGUUUCAUAGAUCUCUCUCCGUUUGCUCGCUCAAUGCUAGGGAAGAAGAAUUGGGACCAUGGGUUUUCCUUGAAGUGUCUUGUGGCGGUGAGAGCAUGUGAGAGU